GAUUCCGAGGAAGACGAUGCAUGGCUGCAGGAAAAGCCUCCACAUCCGUACGUGGAGGGACGUACAUUUACAGCUCUCAGGCAUACUCCACCGGCGCCUUUUGGUAGAGAGUAUGACACACCUCUGCCACCAGUCCAGCAGAAUCAGGAACAACUGACUCAGACCGAAUACUGCCUGUUACACCGGCCUUUGCCAGGGACUACGCAUUAUGAGGAUACCCUUGAACUCGAGAUCUGUUUAGAACUCCGUACGGGCAGCGACUGCGGAGCUCAAGUGGUGGUCGUUAAUAGCAACAUGGUGGCAAAAAUCUUUGAUCCCCUAUACUACAGAGACUUAAGAAAUGAAGGGUAUCUAGAGGAUGUUGUCUCGCUCGCCGACGGAGACUAUAGUCGCGAAACUGCCGCAUACGCCGAAGUCCAAGAAUCACCGCAAGCGCGUCAGCAUACUCCAAAGUACUAUGGGUCCUGGACAAUAACAGUUGAGACUCCUCUAGGACCAAUUGGCGGUCAACAUACCCAGACGCGUUUCCGAGAAGUCAGACUCAUUUUAAUCGAAUAUCUAAAAGGGAAAAAGAUGGCUAAUAUUAAACCACGGGUGCUGACGAGCAAGCUUCGAAGACAUAUGCUCGUCAGGGUGCUAGAAGCUGCAAUGCUUCUUGACAACGCUGGUGUUAGUCACAAUGACAUACACCCCCGGAACAUCCUUGUCAUUGGCAACGACUGGGCGAAGUUGGAUUUCUUUAUCAAGUUCAUUGAUUUCAACAUCGCCAGUGUCCAGCGGCUGGAUAUGUACCGCAACUACUCCUACCGGACGACAUGCAAGAUGCGCGCCAGGUUUCCCAACAAGAUGUUCUCGCCCAUCACGUACUUUUGGGGAGGGUUGGGAGGCUUUAUUGCGGCAGGGUGGCUCAAUCACGAUGGAGACGAGGCGAACGAGUGGUUAUGGAAACGGUUUCACAAGGACAAGAGGUAUUUUCCCUUGGUACGCGAUGAGAAGCAGCUCACACAUACCCCGAAAAUCGUUGGCUGGGACGAAUUGUCU